GGGAGGGAAAGAGGCGGCGUUUAGGAGAGGACGGGUGGGCCAAGGCAGAUUUGAUGGCCACCACGAGGGGGGUUGGCGGAAGAAGGCAAGAAGAGAACUUUUCAGAGGCGAACAAGAAAAGGAAAAGAAAAGAAAAGGAACAAGGGAUCUCACAAAGACCUUGUAAAAGAGGAAGUAGUAGUGAGGCGAGAAGAGAGAGUCGGGGAGGGGAGACGAAGUGGUUGUAGUAGGAGUGGGAGAGUCAAGAGUGUAGCGGUGGAUCUGGAGUGUCUGGGCUGGAGUGAUUCAAUCCCUACUUUCUUCUCUCUUUCUUUCUCUCUCUCU